AUGGCUGGGAAUGAUAAUCAACACUUCGAGCUGGAAGGUCACCGUCUUACAUGGAAUAGCUAUUGUCUGGCGCCCACUCCUAGUGCUGAUCUCGAAUUCCAACUAUGCAGGGAUGACUCCUCUGGCAAUCCUAUUGACUCACAGAACUGG